UAUAACAGUAUAAAACAAAAGUGUAUGGACACCUGACCAUCACAUGCUUGUGCUUGUUGAAACUGAGUCAUUUGAGUCACUGCUGAUCUACAAAAGUACAGCUGUAGAUAAACAUAAGCAGUCUGAAUGCAGAUGUUUAUUAUAAAAGGAGCACAAACUUUUGGUGCCGUUUUGAAGAUGUGUUUGGGUUUUAAAUCAUUUAAUCAUCAUACAGAGAAUUUCAGAUGUAGGCAAACAGUUAAAGGGGAAAAUGGUUGUGUAAUUCUAAGUAAUUAUUUCAUUUCAUUUUAAUGUUUAGUUUUAUGAUGCUUACAGACAAUGUAGAGCUGCUAAGGCACACGCAGGGUUUAUUAUGAUUGACAACUAUAACUCCGCCCACUCGGACGCAGGUAUGCAACAUGAGUGCAGAUGGAUGAAAGCAUUAAAAUAGAGAAGACAAAGUUUACAUAGCGGUUGGGACGCUUAUAGACUGAGAUAUAAUAUUUGAGAUUUGGUGGAAUUUGAUGAUAAAUAUAUACCUUCAGUAUGGACGUUUUGAAGUCAGCCAGAAGGGUUAUGAGGAGUCCCAGUGUCUCCAAGCAACCACAGGAUAAACAUAAAAAGCUUCCAGAGAACUGGACGGACACGAGGGAGACGCUUGUGGACGGCAUGACCUUCAACCUCAGGCACAUGGGAAUGACUCUUGUUGACCAGCCCAAAGGUGAAGACGUGUCAGCUGCAGCCAUCAAAAGGAUCAUUGCAACGGCUAAAGCUAGGGGCAAGAAGCUCCUUAAGGUGGCACUUACAGUCUCACCUCAGGAAAUGCUCAUUUAUGACCGUGUGUCCAAUCAGCUAAUAGAGCGCACCUCUAUUUACAGAAUAUCGUAUUGCACAGCCGACAAAAUGCACGACAAAGUGUUUGCUUACAUCGUUCAGAACCAGAGAAACAAGAUGCUGGAGUGCCAUGCAUUCCUCUGUGCCAAGAAGAAAGUGGCUCAGGCUGUGACACUGACUGUAGCUCAAGCCUUUAACAUGGCCUUCGAGUCUUGGCAGCUCGACAGAGAGGAGAAAGAGCAAAAGUCUGGUUCGGUUUUAGAGACAAAGUCAGUUAAAGAAAACCUGUUGGACUUUGAAGACUGCCCCAAACUUCACAUAGAAAACACUGAGAACCUGGAGCACCAUCUGGAGAAGCACAAAGAGAACGAAAACAGCAUCAUCUGGGAGGUAAAUGAUGGUCUGGAUGAAGCCUUUUCAAGGUGCAGUUUGGAUAGCUUUGAGUACUCUGCAGACUUGCCGAGUCCUGUACUAUCCCCCAGAUCCUGGACACUGGGCUGAAUGAACCAUGCAGUAUUCACAACCUUUUAUUUAUUUAUUUAUUUAUUUUUUUUUUUUGAGAGGCAUCUGUAGAGGUUUGGAGUUUGAUCCUGUUAUCUUUCAUGUACUACAAAAAGUCGGACAAUUACAGCGAACAGAGUGAGACACCAAAUCUCCUUCACACCAAAUCAACAUGAUCUAUUUUUUUUUUAGACCUUUUUUUUAUUAUUUGCUUUUUUUCUGUGGUAAAGCUCUCAGAAUAAGUACCAUGAGCACAGCUACGGUAUCUGAAGCUAGAAAUAUAUCGAGUUGCCAGUUUAUUAGGUACACCCUCUUUGUUCCUACCUUUAUUGUCUGUUAUUAAAUGCUACUGUAUAGACUAGGGCGACCCAGACAGGCUCUCUUUCCUGCCAAAACAAUAUAGUACUUGGUUAAAUCCACUUCUGCCUUUUUUUUCAUUAUUUAUUUAGACUGGAUUACAUUUAAAGCCUUUCAAAUAAUAUUAGGUCAGACGAGUUACCGUGGUGGAUCCUUCCAACAGAUGUGGUAGAAGGUGUCUGAUGCGGUAUCUGGACCUCAUUAAAUGGAAGCUCAGUGAACUGUACAUAGUUAUUUUUGCCAUUACACCUACACUGAGCUGAUGGGAAUAUUUCAUCUAUAUCUUCUCUUGACUCUUUCUAAGUAAAAAUGAUUUGUUAUACCUUAAAGGGAAUUGGCCAAAGUUUUUAACGGUAUACUGCCAUCUACAUUCAUACAUAAAGCAAUCCUCAAAUCCGAUCGCUUAAAAGUUGAUUCUUUUGUCUAUAACAGUGGAACUUCUAGCUGCAAUGCACAUCACAGGUUUUUAUUAAUGUACUCAUCUGAAAAUGUUAUCGUUGUCUAUAGUAACAGCUCAUUCAAAGCAACAUCUCUACAUAAAGGACAGAGACUCUAGAUAAAGUAAGCCUAAGCAUAAAUAUUAGAACAAUCUUUAUCUAUGGAGUCUAUGGAAGGAGUAUACAGUGUCAUUAUACAGAAUAAAGCAGUUCCUCUGUUUUUUCCACAACGUCUCAGGACAGAGGAUUUCUCACGACAAAGUGAGGAAACGUGCAAUUAUUAUUAUUUUUUUUUUACUUUAUUAAAAAUAUAGAAGAGCUUUGGUAAGACUUUCACCCACAUCUCUCUCAUCCUUAGAACAUGUUUUUAAUUUUGUGUUUUAUAAGUGCAUAUUGU